AUUUUGGGUCGUGUCCGUUAACUCCUCUCCUUGCCGAGGAAUCUGACUUUAUCCCAAACUCCGAAUCCCAAACUCAAUGGAAGGAGAAGAUGAGCUCCGGAAACUAAACGGCGAAGUUCCAGCUCCACGAGACAGAGAUGUUGAAGAUGACGAUCCGCUAGUGUUGAGCUCUCAAGCAUUGGCGGCGCUCCAUGAAUUUCUAGCCGACCAGAACAAGACAGUCUCGAGCACGCCGCCGGCGUCUUCAGUCGCCGGAGAAGAGGAUUCCGAUAAAGUUGAGCUGGUUACGGAAGAUUGGAGACUCAGCCAGUUCUGGUACGAACCUGAAACCGCAGAUACUGUAGCUGAGGAAGUGGUCACUCUCUCCAGUAGACUCUCAGGCUGUCGAGUUGCUUGCAUCGCUUGCCCUACUCUCUACGUUUAUCUCAAGAAACGGGAUCCGAGUCUCCAGGUGCAAUUGUUGGAGUACGAUAUGAGAUUCGAGAGAUAUGGAAGUGAAUUUACGUUUUAUGAUUACAACGAACCAGAAGAUCUGCCACUGCAGCUGAAACAUUCCUUCCAUAUCAUCGUUGCAGAUCCUCCCUACUUGAGUAGAGAAUGUUUGGAAAGAGUUAGCCAAACAAUUUCGUUCCUCGCAAGUCCAGUGGAUCCUUUGUUGCUUCUACUCACAGGAGAGGUGCAGAGAGAUCGGGCGGCUGAGCUAUUGGGUGUUCGCCCUUGUGUGUUUAAGCCUCAUCACUCUAGCAAACUCGGAAACGAGUUUCGACUAUUUAUAAGUUACGAUCCAGGCACCAGAUUAGGGGGCUUGGAAGAAGACAGCUAGUUGUGUGUCACUUGUCCAUCUUUUCAUCUACCAUCUAUGUUGAUUUGCUUGUAAGUUGUCUUACACUGUUCUUUGGUUAACCAGUGCUGGUUCUUUUAUCCUUCUGAUCACAAGAAACAGAGCAAUUUUUUUUGUCUGUAAGAGACGUAAUCUUCCUUUCC